CUUCGGGCGGAUCCGGGACGGCGGGUUGAGCGGCGGCCGCAGCUGCAGCAGGACGGCCCGCGGGCGGCUGGGGGCCGCUCGCCCGGAACCUCGCGGGGCGGGCGGGCGCCGCACCCCGUGCCUGUCCGUCUGCGUCCCGGGAAGGCCCCCGGCGCGCGACGGCACCAGCAGCAUGAGCAGCGGCUACAGCAGCCUGGAGGAGGACGCCGAGGACUUCUUCUUCACCGCCAGGACCUCCUUCUUCAGGAGGGCGCCCCAGGGCAAGCCUCGCGCCGGCCAGCAAGAUGUGGAGAAAGAGAAGGAAACUCACAAUUACCUCAGCAAAGAGGAAAUCAAAGAGAAGGUUCACAAAUACAACUUAGCUGUCACAGACAAGUUGAAGAUGACCUUGAAUUCAAAUGGGAUUUACACUGGCUUCAUUAAAGUGCAGAUGGAACUCUGCAAACCUUCACAGACUUCUCCCAGCCCGGGGAAACUCGCUCCCAGCUGCAUGAACACGCUUCAUAUCAGCAGCACGAACACCGUGGGAGAAGUGAUCGAGGCCUUGCUCAAAAAGUUUCUCGUGACCGAGAGCCCGGCCAAGUUUGCACUUUAUAAGCGCUGUCACAGGGAAGACCAAGUCUACGCCUGCAAACUCUCAGACCGGGAGCACCCUCUCUACCUGCGUUUGGUGGCAGGGCCCAGAACAGACACGCUUAGUUUUGUUCUUCGAGAACAUGAAAUUGGAGAGUGGGAAGCCUUCAGCCUUCCAGAACUGCAGAAUUUCCUGCGCAUCUUGGACAAGGAAGAGGACGAGCAGUUGCAGAACCUGAAGAGACGCUAUACAGCAUACAAACACAAGCUGGAGGAAGCACUCAGCGAGGUGUGGAAGCCUGGUUAACACGCCAGGCCUCCGCCAGGAAGGAAGGCUCUACCCAGGACACAUGUACAAGAGCAGCAAGCGUGUCUCUCCUCAGAGAGCUGAGCCUGUGCCCAUGAUGCUAGCAUCCUCCCCUCUUCUCUCUGGUCACACAGCGUGGGGAGCAUUCUAGAGUGAGGGAAGCAUGAACUCUGGGUUGAGUUUUCCAUAUUUUCCUAUAGCUAUUUUCAUUCUGUGGUGAUGUUAAGUGUUAAGGGUGUGCAAAUGACUAUUGAAAAGCGUAAGGAGGAAUCUCUCAGAAUCCUUUGUCUGAUGUUGAAACUACCUGUCUGUGUGCUGUCUGCUAACUAUCAGAGGAGUCUCUUCAUGUGAACAGAAAGGCACCGGAAUGUAGGAACUCUGGGGGAUGGGGGAAGGUUUUCUAGGAGUUUGACAAAGAAAGUAAAGAGCAAGUUUGGUAGAAGGCCUGAGGAGGUAAGGAUGAAUGGAGGUGGUGUGGCUAAAAGUUGGUGGUAGAGGAAGAAGGUGUAUUGGCUUGUAAAUGAGUUAAAAACAUUCAGAAUUGAGAUGUUAAAUCCAUUUUAGGAUUGCUUGCUUUUCUGGUAGGUGAAAUAUGGAGACAGAGCGAAAGAGGAGCUAAACCCAAAGGAGGGAGGACCUGUGAACUCUGCAGUUGACCAGAGUCAGGUAGGGAUCGGAGAGCUUGCCUGGAGGUGGACCUGACAAGCUUGUGUGGCUCCACCUCUGUGCAUCAGACCCUUGGUCCUGCCCUCUUGUAGUGGACAGUCCUGUGGGUGUGGUGUCUGUGUAGGCGGAGCUUGACCAUUUGAUGACUCCUGUCAAGUUAUAUAAUUUUACCCCUCCCCUCAGGUUGCCUUCAAAGUUGAAAGGGAAUUUGGGUCAGGGCAGCUCUUUUCCCUCUUGAUUGUUAGCUAGGAAAUUAACCCACAGCAAACUCUUGUGACAAUCAUUUUCUUCCAUUUUAUUCCAUCCUUUUCAUGCUCUUCCCCUUUUGUUUUUCCUUCCCUUCUCUCCCAGAGCCCCUCUCUUUUGUUUCCUGUCCUUUUCUGUUAAAUUUGAAGUCUGUUCGCAUAUGCUGAUUCGAGGCCCAGUACUCUUCACAUCCUCAGUUCUAAGGGAUUUGACUGAGUAGGAAGCCUCAAGGGAGGAGAGGCCACCUCAGGCAUUUGUUAUGGACAUUAUUUUAAUGCAAGUGCAUGUUCUUCCAACCAAAGAAAUGCAUGUGCAAUAGAAGCAAGCCUUCCUUCAAACAGGCACAGUCACCUCCUUUUCUGCAGCUACUUACAAAUUUGAGGACACAGGGGAAAUUGUGCUAUGGUUUUAGAGGCCUUACAGGCAAUCUACUUUUAGUCUAGAUUGUUGUUAUUAUUGUUGUUGUUCUUUAUAAAUUCCCAAGGAAUUGUUAACACAUUGGUGACACCUAAUGGAUUCUUUUUGAAAUUCCAAGAAGGUGCUUCAGUUCUUUGCCUCUUAAGUGAACUGUGCCUUUGAUUGCAUUAUCUGUUUCUUGGGGGCUCAGUAGACUCAUCAGAGAAUAACCCAUCCCGUUGGAGACAAGAGUCUGGUGUUGGUUAUAUACUGAGCCCCCUACGCUAUGGAGACAAUCAGAUCUUCCCAAGCUUUUAAGGAAAGUGGGGGGUGGGGUAGAACUAGCUAUAAAAUAUGUAUGGCACAUCUUGUUUAAUUUUGCAUGUGACUUCUUUCUAGUGCAUUGAUGAGGUUUUAGUGACUGUCACCUAACACUUUGCCUUUAUUAUCAGGGAAUGCCUUCAUGAUUUUGUACUGGUUUUACUAUUCAGCUGAUGCCUUGGGUUCGAAUAUACCAUUGUCAACCACCUGCUCUUUUAAUUACUCAUCCCAGUAAACUUAGAGUCAGGGAAGCAUUUGUUUCUCAGAUGAAGACACUGUUAGAACCUAAAGUAGCAGCUGAUGGGUAUCUGUGAAUUUUUUUUUUUUUUUUACUUGAAGUAGAUUGUUGAAUAUGGGCAUCUUCGUCUGUAAGCCAGAACCUCGUGCACUGUCAUGUGCUAUGUACAAGUUGCUAUUGGAAAAUGUUUCUGUACUCAGAUUUGGUCAGUUCAUGAUGUUUUGAAGACUGACGGUUCUCUCCCAAACACUGGUCCCUACAGUGGCAAUUUUAAUGUGUAGAAGAAGAAAGAAGGCCCUGAAGGCCAAGAUUAAGCACCAUUGUACAAAUCCUAAUGCCAAAUGCAACUGAGCUUUACUGUAAUACUGUUCUCUCUUCACAGUGUGAUGUCACAGGGAUGGUAAACAUGAAGGGGGUCUUGCAGGAGAGCAUUUUAAGUCGCACAAGUAAAAAGUUAUAAUAUUUAUAAUUUUGGUAAGUUUGUUUUAUUUUUAUAGGGAAGAUUUUUUUUCUCCCCUAAAGUUGAUUCUGGAAUGGCAAAAUUGUUUCCAUUAUUAAAAAUCGAAGUUGCUAGCUGA